UUGCAGAGCAGGAAACAAUUACGCGCAAAUUAUCAAGAACUUCAAAAUCGUCAAUAGAACAGGAGUGGAAGCAAUCCAUAGUGGUAGAUACUGUAUUCUAAUUGGUGGCACAUCUGUGUAUAUAUUAUCAUAUAGCAACAUGCCACCCAGAAAAAGACAAAAAACAGCUAAGGCUGCUGCAGCCGAGGAAGCUGCUAAAACCAAACGAGGACCUAAACCAGUUGAGCAGGUUACGGAAGCUGUCACAUCCAAUUUAUCGGAUAAAGACUUGAAUACAAUUAUAUCAAAUGUUGUUCCUGCUGUCACACAAGGUAUAUUACAGGUAUUAAAAGACUUGAAGGUAAUACCGCCUGAAAAUCCUCAGAAUCAAAACUUCGAAGAAGAACAGUUACCUUUGCCCACGCAGAGCUCUUCGGCAUCUGUACCAACACCAUUGUUGGCAGCUUCGGGUACGAAUCCAAAUUCUGCUACAUUUUUGCGUCCACUUUUUCUUGGUAUUGAUGAAAAAAUAAAAUCUAAGAUUGUAGCAGAUCAAUUUGUGGAGUUAGACUCCAUAUUAGAUAAUGGUGAUUAUCAAUAUCAGUUAGUCGAAAAUGGCAGUGGGGAACCUUCGUUCAAGAAAGUUUUUAAAUCGUCAACCAGUAUUAAAACGCUGGAUCAAUGGUUCAAGGCAUUCCAUAUUUUUACUAGUGUUUACACAGACAGACACCCAACGUCUGCUCCUGCUUUAAUGAAACAUUGCGACACAGUUCAUAAACUUGCAAAGCAAUCAAGGGAUUCCGCUGCCAUUUUUUACGAUAGACAAUUUCGUCUCUUAAAAGAAGCUAGGUCGGCUUCGAUUUCAUACGGGGAAAUCGAUACUCAAUUGUACACGCAGGCACUGGCCAUGGGGUUAAUUAAACCAAAACAAAAACAGUCCUUUCUUGGCGCAAGAUCCAAACAAAACAAACCGUGUUUUGAUUUCAACAACGGGUCUUGUGCUAAAAAAUUGUGUACCUUUCAGCACAGAUGUCAAAAAUGCUCCGGUCCACAUGGACGAAUUGUAUGUUCUAAAAAGCCAGCCCAAAAGGAACAAUCAAAUUUGAAGUCGAAGAACUGAUGAUGAAACCCCAUGCACAGUGCCUGCAGUCUUAAAUUAUAAGGCUACUCAUAUUGUUACACCUAUUAAUUCUGAUAAGCUACGAUACUGGCUCCAAGAGUACGACUUGAAAUUAACAGAAUAUUUGGUGAAUGGUUUCAAACAGGGCUUUAAAAU